UCUUGGGCACAGUGGGAGAGGCGAGAGGCUGGUUUGUUGACAGGAUCUGUAUGAAGGUGUUGAGAAAACUACAUGUUUCGAGCUAGCUAGCUACAGUUCGUAUUGUAAUGUUAACGUAACUCGAAGUAAAUUAAAUUAUGAGUUUUAAUGUCGACUUCAGGCAAAGAUGCAAUGGAGGUCAAUAGUGCUGGGUUUACUUUUCUUAAGACUGGCUCUCAGUUGUGUUUUAUGGCUCGCAUUUGGGUUGGGACCUAGCUGGGGAUUCAACUUCCCAAUCAAUUUCAAUUUUAAUUUGCACAAAAUCGAACUUCUGAAGGAUGGCGACGCAGCAUCCCCGAGGACAAAUACAUGGUCCCAGAAAACGUAUGGCAGUCAUAAUGAUCCAGGAAAGACCUGCUCGAAGGUUGGAGAAAAUUCGCCCAAAAAAUCUUAUCUUAGUUUCUUUGAAGAUGGCAGAGACGAAUAUGAUAGGAAGUAUAGUUCCUUCCCGGACACUCUCAAGACCGAAAUGAGACUUUUAGCGAAAGACAUGUUCUACUUUGGAUAUGACAAUUACAUGAAAUAUGCUUUCCCAGAGGAUGAACUUAACCCGAUUGACUGUCAAGGAAGGGGACCUGAUGUUCUUAACCCGUCCAACAUCAAUAUCAACGAUGUUCUGGGCAACUACUCUUUAACCCUUAUUGAUACACUGGAUACAUUGCUGAUUCUUGGAAAUGUGUCCGAGUUCCACAAAGCUGUCAAACUGGUGAUUGACACUGUGUCCUUCGACAAAGACUCAACUGUGCAAGUGUUUGAGGCCAACAUAAGGAUUCUUGGGAGUCUGAUCUCAGCUCACAUUCUCCUGACAGACCCACACCACCCCUUUGGAGACGUGAGCCUGGAGGACUAUGAUAACGAGCUCCUGCAUAUGGCCCAUGAUCUGGCUGUCCGACUGCUUCCAGCCUUCGAGAACACUGACACAGGCAUCCCCUAUCCCAGGGUGAACCUGAUGAAGGGCGUUCCCCCCGACAGUGUGAACGAGACGUGCACUGCAGGAGCGGGGUCUCUGCUGGUGGAGUUUGGCAUCCUCAGCCGCCUGAUCGGAGACUCCACCUUCGAGUGGGUGGCCAGGCGGGCUGUGCGUGCGCUCUGGAGCCUGAGGAGCAAUGAAACUGGCCUGUUGGGUAAUGUGGUGAACAUCCAGACAGGCCAGUGGGUGAGCAAGCAGAGUGGCCUGGGUGCAGGGAUGGACUCCUUCUACGAGUACCUGCUCAAGUCCUACAUCCUUUUUGGAGAGAAAGAGGACUACCGCAUGUUUAGUGCAGCCUACGAGAGCAUUCAGAUUCAUCUCAGGAGGGGGAGGGAGGCGUGUAACGAGGGUGAGGGGGACCCGCCACUCUACGUCAAUGUGAAUAUGUUCAGCGGCCAGAUCAUGAACACCUGGAUCGACUCCCUACAGGCCUUCUUCCCAGGCCUUCAG